AAACCUCAUCCAAAACGGAUAAUAGCGGGAGUACAACCACCUCAUUUCAUCCUCCCAAAUCGAAAGCAGCCCGCAAGCUCAAGCACAGCGAAAAUGGCGAUCUCAAUAGCCAGGCCACUGCCCUCCAUGCUCUCCUCCGCAACCUCUUCAACUUCCAAUCCGAAGCCACCGUCGCCUUCCUCCCCCUUCUCCGUCAAAACCCAUCGGAGCUCGAAGCAGACGACGGCGAACAUUUCAAGAAGAGAUUUGUUGAAUGUAGGGCUGGGUUUGAUGCCGCUAGUCGCCAUUCCUCCUCCGCCGUCGACCGCCAGGGAAGUCGAAGUCGGGUCUUACCUCCCGCCGUCGCCCACCGACCCUUCUUUCGUCGUCUUCAAAGCCGACCCCAGGGACACGCCUGCUCUUCGUGCAGGAAAUGUGCAGCCUUACACGUUUAUGCUUCCUCCUACAUGGAAGCAGACCCGCGUAGCCAACAUAUUGUCUGGAAAUUACUGCCAACCCAAGUGUGCCGAGCCCUGGAUUGAGGUGAAAUUUGAGGAUGAAAAGCAGGGAAAGGUGCAGGUGGUGGCCUCUCCUUUGAUACGCCUUACAAAUAAACCCAAUGCCACAAUCGAGGACAUAGGGACCCCUGAGAAGGUCAUUGCUUCUCUCGGCCCUUUUGUCACUGGGAACACACUUGACCCUGAUGAACUCCUCGAAACUUCCAUUGAGAAGCGUGGUGAUCUGACGUACUACAAAUACGUUCUCGACACUCCAUAUGCUCUGACCGGAUCACACAACCUUGCCAAGGCAACAGCAAAGGGAAACACGGUUGUCCUGUUUGUGGCCAGUGCCAACGAGAAACAGUGGCAGUCAUCACAGAAAACUUUAGAAGCCAUCCUUGAUUCCUUUGAAGUGUAGUUUCUUGUGAGAAACCGCAUAAUCUCGUGUUUAUAGAGAACUCACUGCUUAAUCCCCUAUUGUUGUGUCUACCUUAGUUUCACUGUUUUUACCCUUUAUUUUGUACUUGGUAAUAAUAGCAUGUAUAGACAUUAUACUGAAGCUGAAUUCCUCAGCCAUCAUCAAUGAGGAUUUUGUGAUCAUCAGGCAAAAUGGAUGGUUUUUACCUUGGCCA